AUGAAUUCCACCCUACAAAAGCAGAUCCAUCAGCUUGUCAAUGCCCCGCUGUUGGAUGAGAGAUUCUCAGUUUUGAAACAAUCCCUAGUCAAGCCCGAAAACAAGCAGAGGGUGAUUGAGUCCUAUGACAGACUUCUCAAGGUUUUGACAAAAGAGAUUGCGCUAAUUGAGAAAUCUGGUUCUGCUUUGGUUCCAGAGAUUGACUUUAAUGAUGUUCGAAAAAAUGACGGUCGUCUUCCUGAGGCCUUCGCCGAUAUUGUACGAGACCGUGGCUGCGUGAUUCUACGCAAUGUCGUGAGCGAGGACCAGGCUACGGCCUGGGAAGCGUCGCUAAAGGAUUACGUGCAUCGACAUCCCGGAGUCGGCGGCCAUCCUGCUAAAAGGCCGGCCUGCUGGAAUACCUUCUGGACCCCCGCACAGGUGCAGAUUCGCUCGCACCCCGCAGUCAUUGAGGCUAUGAGAGCUGUCUCCCAGCUCUGGCAUGUAGCCGAUCCAUCGACCCUCAUUGAUUUGGACAGCCAGGUGGUCUACCCUGAUCGAUUCCGAAUCCGCUACCCCAGUGACAACACCGACCAAUUCCCGUUGGCCCCACACCUUGACAGCGGUGCAAUCGAGCGAUGGGAGGACGAGGAAAAUCGCAAGAAUUUCGCCGCGAUUUUCGAGGGCAAUUGGGAAGAUUGGGAUGGCUGGGCGGCAGACCACCGCGUCGCGGCGAAGACCGACCUUUAUCAAUCCGGAAUAUCGUGCUCAACUUGGCGCAGUCUCCAAGGCUGGCUCUCGCUAUCGCAUACGAACACAGGCGAGGGAACCCUACGCCUCCUGCCGAGCUUGAAAGCAUCUGUUGCCUAUAUCAUGUUGCGUCCGCUGUUCCAUACCGGAGAGUACAACGACUCAUUGCCCACCUUUCCAGGGGCCAGCCCUGGACACACCCAGUUCUUCCCUAUGGCGGAUCACCAUCCUCACUUGGCAAUUGAGAAGGCGAUAGUCGGCAUUCCCCCUGUGCGGCCAGGGGAUUAUGUCUUCUGGCAUUGUGACCUGGUACACGGGGUUGAUCAGCUCAACCUAGGCAAAAAUGAUUCCAGUGUUUCUUACAAUUCAUGCAACCCCCUGACUCCCCACAACGCGGAUUCUCUCGUUCUUACCCGUGCGGCGUUCGAAAAGGCGGAUGUGCCCUCCGAUUUCGUACGGCAGCAGGGUAGCCUUGAGAAGGAAUAUGAGCACGAAGACCACGGGGCCCGGACAGAAAACAUUUUAAGUGACGAUGGUCUGAAGGCGAUGGGACUGCUACGCUUAGACGAAGACGAAGAAGGGCUGACCCCCGGGCAAAAGGAGGUGAGACGGUUAGCGAAUCUGAAACUCGGACUCUAG